UCGGCAUCAGGCGCGAGGAGGAUGUGCGCAUGCGUCCCGACAGCGCGCGCGACAGAAUGGCGACUGGCGUGUGAUUGUGAUACGGACUCAAAACUUGGAUCAUGUCAGAAGACUUCAGCCAGUCCCUCACACCACCAGUUUCCCCCUUUGCAGCAGAAGGCUUUUGUGAACUGAGCCCAACCCAACCACCACGCUUCUGCUGUUCCAGUGCAACACGGGAGGACCCCACUGGAGCCCUCUGGACUUAUGGAUACACUGCUGGAGGCUCUCUGGCACGGCUGCUGUUGCGCCUGGACCCGGCCCCUUCAGUGUAUGAGGCGGACACAGUAGAGAUCUUUGGCUUCUCCUGGGUUACAGAGACAGCACUGGUGGAAUCUACUAAGUUACUCUUUGGCCUGUUGAGACAAAAUAUUUGCACAUUGGAAACCCUGACACAGUGCAGUUUACAUGACUUUGGUCAAGCAAGCAGCCUGCACUACGAAGCAGAGGAUCUCAGACUGCAGUGUGUUUCCUUUCUACAGUAUGUCAAAGUCUUUCUGCACAGAUAUCUUGAUCCUUCCGGCACUAUGGAGAUGACUCCUUCCCACCCUUAUGUGGCGUUGGAGGCUCAGUUGCCUUCUGCUCUGUUGGAGGAGCUGUUUAGCAUCACUCUCCUCAUAGGGCGACUCAAAGACCUGCCUGCCAAUGUUCAGAGCGCCUUUACGAUCCAGAACCAGGGAAAGAUUUUUACCCCAUCUUGGCAUUUAUUACAUCUUCAUCUUGACAUCCACUGGUCAGUAUUGGAGAUUCUGCAUGUACUUGGUUGCAAGAUGCAAGGCCAAGUGUUGUACGCCCACCAGAUUGUCAACCUGACAGGAGAAAACCUGACUGAUGUCAGUCUGUUUGAAAGCCACCUGUGCAACCUGCUGUGUGACCUCACUGCUCUGGCCAUCAACAAAUACAUUAAGGUGAGGCCCAUGGAGGCUUUGAUCAGUCAUCAUUACCUUUGCUCCUGCACCAAGGAACUGUGGGUCCUACUUAUGCACCUGCUGGAACACAGGAACAAAAUAAUGCACACGCAGUCUUUCUGGAACUACAUGAACGUGUUCCUGAGGCCUUUGGUUUUAGGGAAGCCUGCAGCAGAACAUUUCAGCAGCCUACCCCCACAUUGUAAAGACCUUCUGGGAUUUGCAUGGUGGCUGGUCACUCAUUUAGCAGUAUUAGGCCAAUACAGUCACAGUGGCACAAUCCAGAAAAUGAAACAGCUGGAGGAUAACUGGACUUUUGUGGCGGACUUGCUAAAGUUAACUUGUAACCUAAAGGCAGGGCUCCCAGAAGAGCAGGUCCGGAUGCAUGUCCACUGCUGUCUCACUCUGUGUCUGCUUUGGGGCCCCAGCACCACUGUCGUCUCCACCCUCUGGGACUAUUACAGCAAGAAUCUGAGUGCCUCGUUCACGGUGCCUUGGCUCGGUGUGUCAGGGCUGGGCACUUUGUGCAAAACGCCCCUGGCUCUAUUGGAGCAUGCUCGCAGUUGCUGCUCCCCUUCUCCCAUUCACUCUCCAGGACACACCCAACUCUACCGCUCGGCCAACUCCUUCCACAUCUUCCUCAGAGUGCUGGCCCUGUGCCUUGCACAGGUUUGUGCUGGUGGAGUCCCACAGAGACAGAUCAAAGGACGGAUUUACUCCAAGUUUUCCCCAAAGAAGAUGCAGGAGCUGUCUGAGGGCGGGCUCAUGAACGUCCUCCUCCUGUUUUUAGUGGUUGCCCAACAGAUUGAGCUGGAGGACGUGGCUGGCAGGGCCUGCGAGCUGCUGGGCUUUCUGCCUGCUAACUGCCCACUCGGACACCGCACCCUGGUGUGGAGGGGUCAGCUGUCGAUGCUGCUGCUUUUCCAGGAGAGAGGAUUGGAUGUUGGUGCCCAGGCUGCUUGGCUGACAGCUUCCUUUAAUGGACUGGCAAAAGAGUUCUACAAGACCACAGAAAGGGCUCGUAAAGUUGCACUCUGGGGGCCUCUUGGCUCUUACCUGGAGGGUGUGGCUGAGGUGUUUGAAACCAGUACAACUCUGUCUCUGUCAGAGGAAAACCUGCUCAGCGAAGGUUUUGGUUGGUUGCUGCCUGCGUGCCAGUCGGAGCUGAAUUCUACCCUGAGCUUCCUGCAGCUUGUCCUUGCCCAGCUCAGGCGUGUCCACCAUCGCAGUGUCCAGUCGGUACCCGCCUCAGCUUGGGCUCACUCCAGUGAUGUGAUGAAAGAGCGCCACUUAGUGGUAGCAGCAGCACUGUGGGCGCACUUUUUCCCUUUCCUUUGCAGCCGGCGCCUCUCUCAAACCCCUCCAGCCCAGCUGGCAGACGCUGCUGCAGGCUUCACCCUGCUGGCUUUUGACCUUCCGGGUUCUGCCCCCCAUGACCUUCAGCCCAGCCCGGUCCAGUCCAUCAUGCAGCGCUUUGGCUGGGAUGACAUGGUUCAGCCGCUUCUCGUGACUCGCUAUCUUCCCCAUCUGCUUGAGAACAGUGAGCUGGUGUCUUCACUCAGUACUGAUUCUGGAGUUGUUGUGUCGAUUUCGGCACAAACCCUCUCAGUGAGGGCCUGGUUCCGCUGCAUCCUGCAGCAGCACCUCCACAAGCACGCUGAUGGAUCUGACAGUAGAACAGGCCGGCUUGUGGAGGAGCAGUUAGGUGAGCUGACCCGGUUGGUGCUGAGACUCCCUGAGGUGGAGAGUCUUCUGCAGAGAGCUGGCCUCCAGCUCACAGCUGCCAGGGUGGAGCCCAGUUCUGCCUUGGAGAUGUUUGUCAAGGCUGUGGGCGUUGUGUACAGCAGACUGCAGGUGUUGUCCGAGCGUUCAGCCAUGGUGACCAGAGCUCUGGACUACAUUGGAGACAUCCUGAAAUACAUUCAUCCAUCUCUGGUCAGCAAGAGCCAAGAAGGAAUACAGCUGGCCUAUUGGGUGGUUGGCUGCAUCGUGAAGCAUUGGAGCCCCAUGCUGGCCACAUCUAAAGCCCAGCAGCUGCUGUUGCGCAUUGUUGAUGUGCUGCUGCUUCCUCGCAACCUCACACAACAGGACAAAGCACUGAGGGACAGCCUGCCACUGUAUCUGCAGGGAUUGUCCGUGGCUUCCAGUGUGUCUCAGUCUCGCGGGGCUUACCUGAAGCAGCAGCUCCUCUCCGUUACCCGAAAAUACUUGGAUCAUUUCCUUCCUGCUGCACCUUCCACUGGUACCAUAGCCAACCAUCCGGUGCUUCUGGGUGCCUGUGAGGUCAACCCAAGCCCCCAGGGGUCAGCAUUGAGGCGUGUUAUCCUUGAGGUGCUUUGUGAGAGCUUCCUCCAGUUCAAAGGUCACAGCCCUCCUCCUCGCCUAGCAUCCGUCCUGACGUUCCUGCUGGAGCUUCUGAGACGGAACACUGACUCGAACCCCACCCUCUUGACUGUGCCGCUUCCAGCUUUGCUGCGCUGUGUGAUGUUGGAUAGUGAGCCGCAGGUGAGGAAGACAAGCACAGAUGCCUUGCAGCUUGUGGUGGAGCGAUGUGCUGCUGCUCCGACAGACGGGCCGUGUGAGCAGAUGAUCGCUGUUUUACGUUUGUUUGUAGAGGAGAAUGAGGGAGUCUACGACAGGCAGAUGUACACUGUUCUGCAGACUGUGGCACUUUUCGAUCAGUCUGUGGUUCAAGCACUCGUUCCCAGCCUGUCACUCAGUCUGAGAAACAAUGAACACAAAAGAGGACUUGGCAAGAACACCACCUUGAGGAGUGCAUACCAUAAGCUGCUGUCCAUGCUCGGAGAGAUUGGCCAAGCAGAAACAACCAGUCUGGAUGAGGACUAGGACCAGCCCAGGAUCUGGUACCAGCUGCAAGAAUAAGACGUUACACCCACCACGUACUUGUUGAGAUCAACAGGAAAUAUCCCAUCCACACAUUUUAAACACAGUGUAUUAAAUGCACUCUGACCCUGAUGUAUUCACUCAUGGAUAGGUUUACAACCACCGACUCUUACCAUAAUCGAGUCAUGUAUUUAUUGUUUUCUUGAUUAGACAGUUUGUUAUUAAGUCUGUAAAAUGUCAAGAAAUGGUGGAAAAUGUUAAUCUGUAUUUUCCAGAGCUGAAGAUGAUGCUUUCAAAUGUCUUAUGAUAUCCACAGCCCAGAGAAAUUCUGUUUAUUGCCAGAUAGGAGUAAUGCAGCUUGUGCAGUAAACCAGAAAAUAUCCAGAUUUAAGAAACUAAAAUCAAAGAAUACGGAUAUUUAAAAAAAAGACUCAAAACUAUUAAUCAGUUAUCAAAAUGGUUGUAGAUUAAUAGUCAGCCACUGAUUAAUCAGUUCAUCAUUGCAGCUGUAGUCAUAGUUCAUUGUACAUAAUGUAACGAUGGUGCUUCGUUAAUGCUGAGUCAG